AUGACUAUUGGUGAUGGGAAUCCGUGUCCCGAUGAAGGUUUAGGUUUCGGCCUUGCUCUGGUCUGUGUCUUCUUGCUCGGUUUUGGCCACGCGUUGAUGGAGUCUUCUUCCUUCGGUCUGGCAGCUCUAUGUCCAACGUCAUGCAUGAUCGCCGAUAUGACUGGUGAAGGUGUGGCCGGUUUGGUUGGUUGGCCUAUCAAUAUGUUGCUACAAGUCAUUUUUGAUGCUGGUCAUGUUAAGCGCCAAGAAGAGUGGCAGUGUCUCGUUUUUUUCUGUGUUACAUCUGUCAUCACUGUCUUCGUUAUUCCUAUGUAUCGAUGCUUCACCUCCAAGCACCCUUAUAUGCGAGAGGUGUUGAAGAUCGAGGAGAAACGUAAGACGACCAGUUUGAAGACCCGUCAGACUAGACGUCCCGUUAUUUACAUUCUGAAGGAUGUUCUACCUAUGGCCAUUUGUGCAUGGGGUACUAUGACUGUCACUUUCGUGGUCUUCCCUGCACAAGUGUCCUAUUGGAAAUCUGAGGAUCCUAGCAAUACUGACUUCGUAGCGCAAGUUAUCUACACCUUCCAGGUUGUGGAUACCAUCGGACGUUUCGCGCCGAGUUUAAAGUUCAACAUGCCUGAAUGGUGUCUGAUGAUUUGGGUUGCUGCUCGUCUCAUCUACAUUCCAUUGUUCAUAUGUAUAAGUUUGUACCCAAUGCUGGUUCCAUUCUACUAUGAUUGGUUCAAACAUCUCGUGAUGGGUUGUUUCGCCAUUACUAACGGUAGUGGUUGUACUCUAGCGAUGAUGAAAGGCCCUGAUCAUGCGAAAGGAGCCGCUGAAGAGGAGGUUUCUGGGUAUGUUAUGGCGUUUGGCCUUAUCUCCGGUAUUUUGACUGGAAGUAUCUUCGCCUUAUUGGUAACAUAUGUCUUGGACAGAGUUCGUAGUCACAACCCUCCAUACGAGCAUUGA